AUGAAUGCAAAGGUUGGCACAGAUAACACAGGAAGAGAGAUGGUGAUGGGAAGAGAAGGCUUGGGCACUACGAAUGAGAAUGGUGAACUGUUCACGGACUUCUGUGCCAACAAUGAUCUUGUCAUUGAGGGUACCAUUUCCUCACAUAGAGACAUCCACAGGAAGACCUCGAGAUCACCAGACAUGGCCACAGAGAACCAAAUUGACCACAUUGCCAUAUCAAGAAGAUGGAGAAGACCCCUAGCUGAUGUAAGAGCUUACAAAGGUGCAGACAUAGGCUCCGACCACGACCUGGUGAUAGCAAAACUCAGAGUGAAGAUCGCCAGAGUGAAGAAAUCGGGUCUACAAAGACAGCCAAUGUUCAACACCUCUAAACUAAAAGAAAGGCCAGUGUGUCAAGACUUCACCGUAGCCCUAUCUUAUAGGAUCCAAGCCUUCACCAAUCUUGAAGAAGCCACUGUUGACGACAAAUUGGACGCUGUCAAGGAAGUCUUCAAGAGCACAAGCAAUGAAGUAUUGGGGUACAGGAAGAAGACACACAAGAGCUGGAUGUCUGAAGGAACCAUUAGCUUGAUAGACCAGAGAAGGAUAUUAGACACAGGCUACUACAAGCCAAGACCAGGGCAAGAAAGCAGACCCUGCAAGAGGAAUACAGAGAGAAGGGGAAGGGAGUCAAGAACAGUGCAAGAAGAGAUAAAAACAAGCAGGUAG